GUAUUUUUAUACAUUGGGACAACCCGGAUUAACUAUGAUAAUUUAAGGCCAAGACCAUUCCGGGAUUUGAAGUCGGGACUUUUGGCCUUUGAUUUUAUUUUGAGAGAUAAGUUGUGCAUGAAAAUUGUUGACAUUAAACACUUAGGAAAAUUUAGGACCAAAAGUGAUAUAAUUGGAAUUGAAAAAAAACUUGUGCAAAAAGGCCUUGUAUAUAAAGAAAGAAGUCCCGAUAUAAUUUAGGCCUUAACAAGUAUGACGACGGUGGUUGAGAAUAAUAUUUGUUUAGAUAUAAAGAGGCUAUGGACUAGGAUUAUACCACAUGAUUAUGAUAAUGAGUAUGUGAAGUGUGUUAAAAAUGAUUAUUAUUUAAGUGAACUGAGAUCAAAAAAUUAAUUAUGUGUGUGAUUGACCAAAUGUUAGAAUUGUAGUGGAAGUAAAACAAUUAAUUGGGUUUAUUGAAUAAUCAUUAAUGUGGACAUACUCCACAUGUUCGGUUCACAAAUGGACAACAAUAUGUCCACACUCAAGGACACGUAAGGUUGUAGACAAGAUGAAUAUUAAGGGGAUUCCAUAUGUUUGGCACGUGUAAAGGCAAUUAGCCAUUUUACUUGUCUCACUGUAUAAUGCUAUCUAAAGGCAUAUUUUUGCAACAAACAGUCAUUUCCUCUUAGCUACAUCAACGAGCAGUUCAUGAUAGUAGCAACAUAAUUAUUAUUUUUAGGAAGCAAAUUCUACUAUUUCUCAGGAACAAUAUCCGAGUUUCGUUCACCGCUUUGAUAUCGUUGUUUUUAUUUUAUCGCGUUAUUAAAUUUGGGCUUUCUUCGAAGGAAAGUAAAGCGGAAGAAGAUCAUUUCUUGGCAUAUAAGACCUUGGGGAGCCUGAGGCGUAGAUUGGAUAUUUACUUAAGAUUGGCCAUCUUGGAGUGCGUACGAGGUACAGACGCACAGCCUGGUGAUCCACCUGUUUAGGACACCCUUUCUGCUAUUCGGAGUGCUCCUCUCUUUCCGGAGCUUAUACUUUUGUGAUGCCUCCGAAAAAGGCGACAACCGCCCAGAAGAAAAAGGGCGUAGUAGGAGAGACCAGCCGGGCUCAGAAGGGUACUCGGACCCUUGCUCAGAUGAUGCGUGAUAUUACGUCCCGGCCAGCCGACUCUGCUACGUCUUCAUCGUCAGAGGAGUCUGGAGCAGCUUCACCAUUAGCUCCAGGGGCUUCAGCUCCCGCGCCUCCAGCUCCUCAGCCAGGGGCGGAGGACAGGACACUGAGAGAGGCUAUGCAGUUAUUGACCACUCUGGUAGCGGGACAGGCUCGCAGACGCGGGCGGAGAGAUGAUGAUGAUGACGAUAGGCGUGACAGCCUGAGGGUUCGAGAGUUUCUAUUAUGUGGCCCUCCAGAGUUUUACGGGUCUAAGCCCGACGAGGACCCCCAUGACUUUAUUCGGGGGAUGCGGCGCUCACUAGAUUUGGUCAGGGCUUCAGAGACUGAGUCUGUUGAGUUGGCUUCGCAUAGACUACGGGAUGUCGCUGCUCACUGGUAUGAGUCCUGGGAGCUAUCUAGGGGUGAGGGUGGUUCCCCAGCUACUUGGGACGAGUUCGUGGCUGCUUUUACCCGCCACUUUUUGCCCCCAGAGUUACGGCGGGCGCGGGUUGACCGAUUUUUACAUCUGCAGCAGAGGGGUCGGAGUGUUCGUGAGUAUAAUAUGGAGUUUGAUUCUCUGGCCCGGUACGCACCUACCAUAGUAGCAGAUAUGGCCGAUCGGAUGCACAGAUACGUGAUGGGGUUAGACCGCUACUUGAUUGAUGGCUGUAUGGCGGUGGCAUUGCAGACAGACAUGGAUAUUGCCCGACUACAGGCUUAUGCUCUGGGUAUGGAGGACCGACAUAGAGCUGAUUAUUCCAGCAGAGAUCGGGACAGGAGGCCGCCAAAGAGGGCCAGGUCCGCUGGGUAUUCUGGGGAGCCUCAAGGCGGGCAGCCUCAACAGUAUGUUAGACAGUCUUCUCAGCCAGCGCAGAGUGCGCCCCCGCAGUCUACCGGAGAGGGAUUUGAUAGUGCCAAAUACUCAGGAGCAGGCCAGAGCUUCAGGGCUCCAGGUUCACAGGUGAGCCGAGGUUCCAGCCAGGCGAGGCCACCUAUGCCUCGGUGUUCGUAUUGUGGGAGAUCUCAUCCAGGAGAGUGCUACCGAGCUACGGGAGCCUGUUUUUCUUGCGGCCGUCAGGGCCAUAUGAUGCGUGAUUGUCCAAUGGCAAGUGGUUCUGGUAGUACAGUUCAGCCGACGGGAUCAGCCGCGGGUUCAUCUUCUACUCCCUCAGCCAUGCGCCCUGCGGGACGAGGUAUGCCGGUACAGGCGGGUCGCGGUCGAGGCCGUGGCGGUGCUUCAGGUUCUAGCGGUCCCUCGAACCGCAUAUAUGCGUUGGCCAGCCGACAGGACCAGGAGGCGCCACCAGGUGUGGUUACAGACCUUGGGGAGCCUGAGGCGUAGAUUGGAUAUUUACUUAAGAUUGGCCAUCUUGGAGUGCGUACGAGGUACAGACGCACAGCCUGGUGAUCCACCUGUUUAGGACACCCUUUCUGCUAUUCGGAGUGCUCCUCUCUUUCCGGAGCUUAUACUUUUGGUAUAUAUAUUUAUUAGUGCAUUUGUAUAUAUUCGUUCAUGGAUACGGCGGGGCCCUGUCCCGUCAUAUGAUUCUGUCGGUCUGUUUAGAGGUCUGUGGACAUGUUUGUGGGUUAGGGUCUUUCUGUAUGGAUGUAUGUACAUGUCGUUUGGGCGAUCCCAUACGCCGAGGCGGCCGGUCCGCAUAUGUUGUUUGGGCGAUCCUAUACGCCGAGGCGGCCGGUCCGCAUAUGUUUAUAUAUUGCUUGGUUAGCCCUGUGUGGCUUUUGUUGGUAUUUUCUGCGUGCAGGGUAUAUUGGAUAGUCCGUAAAACAAAGGAAACUCUGCCGAAAUUUUUCUGGAAAUUACCUAAAUUUGAAAUAAAGCCUUGUCGGCUUCCGCCAUAUACUAGAAUGAGUUAAUAGAAUUUGAGAUAAUAUUUGAUAGAUGGGUUCGGGUGCCCAGAUCGGGCACUAGUCACGGCCUACGGGGUUGGGU